AUGAAUAUACACAGAAUGAUAAUUUCGUUGUGCCUGGGCAUAUGCGCAGCACUCCCCAACGAUGUUACCAUGGAACAGCCCAUCCACACCAACAGUAUACAGAGGUUCGCCCAGAACCAGGACCAGGAGACCAAAGCCAACGAAGUCAGGGCGCUCAAGAAGGUCUUCCUGUCCAACAGGUCGAUCACUUGCAACGACGGAUCUCAGGCCGGAUUCUACCUUAGAAAAUCGCACACCAGCAAAAAAUGGAUAAUAUUUUUGGAAGGCGGAUGGUACUGCUACGACCAUCACAGCUGCAGGAACAGGUGGCUCAAACAAAGGCACUACAUGACCUCUUCACAAUGGCCUGAUACUAGAGAUGUUGGAGGGAUCCUAUCCCCCAACAUGGAAGAGAACCCCUUCUGGUGGAACGUAAACCACGUGUUCGUGCCCUACUGCACCAGUGACUCCUGGAGCGGCUCCAGAGCGGCUUCUCCCAACCAAAUGUUCAGCUUCAUGGGUUCCUCGGUGGUGCUCCAGGUUGUCAGAGACCUGAUUCCUCUAGGUCUCGAAAACAGCACCGAUCUGCUUCUGACUGGCAGCAGCGCUGGAGGGACUGGAGUCAUGAUCAACUUGGACUUCGUCCAAGAGUACCUUCACGAGCAGAUGUCGCUGAAACAGAUACACGUCAGUGGGGUGACGGAUUCUGGGUGGUUUCUGGAUAGAACUCCCUACGCACCAACCAAUAAACCAGCAGUUGACGCUAUCAGGAAAGGUAUGGAGAUGUGGCAAGGGAAAGUACCCAGGAGGUGUAGAGAGGUUUAUUUGAGUGAACCAUGGAGGUGUUACUUCGGGUACAGGCUGUACCCUAUACUUAACGCCGAGCUGUUCGUGUUCCAAUGGCUAUUCGAUGAGGCGCAAAUGGACGCGGAUAACGUUGGAGCCCCGGUGACGAAGCAACAAUGGGACUAUAUCCACAAAAUGGGGGAUGCUCUACGGCAAAGCUUCGAGAAUGUAUCCGCGGUGUUCGCACCAUCUUGCAUUUCGCAUUCAAUUCUAACGAAGAAAGACUGGCAGAACGUCAAAAUAGACGAAAUCUCCAUAGCCGAUGCUCUGCACUGCUGGGAGCAUAAGAACGCGAGGAAGAGGUGGAAGAGGCUGAAGAACGAGAUGAUCGCCGAUCAGGUGAAAUCUGUGAACAAGCGCGGUAGAAAGCGCAAUAACGUACGGGUGGAAAGUGUUUUAAUUUCAAAUAAUACAAACAGUAGUGUUAGUGAAGGUGAAGAAACGAACAAGAAGAAGAGGAGGAAGCACAGGAAAAAUCGGAAGGGGAGGAAAAGGAAGGAUCGAAUCAGGGAAAACCAGACGAAUUACAACAGAACAGUACCCAUCACAUCGAACAAUCUAAAUAGUCCAGACAGGAAACCAUCAAGGUCAGUCCUACAUUCCCAGAAGAGGCCCAAUGGUCGCAGAUGCACACACAGACGGCUGGAAAGAUGUUCGUGGCCUCAGUGCAACCACUCCUGCCCAAGGCUUCACAAUCCUUUCACGGGCGAAGAAAUGGACUUCAUCGAACUGCUCAAGUCCUUUGGAUUAGACAUGGAAAGCGUCGCCCAAGCUUUGGGCAUCGACAUGCAGACCUUGAACAACAUGGACCAUUCUGAGCUACUGAAUCUGUUAACUCAGCAAUCGAACUGA